AUGUCGACUAAUUCUAGCGAACGGACUGUCACCGCCGCUACACCGUCGACCACCACCACCCCAAACACCCUUUCUUCGGCUCACCACUUCAUCUCUAUGAAGUUAACCACCAAGAAUUUCCUAUUCUGGCGCACUCAACUUGUUCCAUUCCUCCGUGGACAGGGGCUCCUCGGGUUUGUCACCAGCGAUACGCCGUGCCCGCCGGCGACGCUGGACACGCCGGUUUCCGGCGAAGUUGCUUCCGGCACCACGUCCACCACCUCUCCGAAUCCUGCUCAUGGCGUCUGGAUACAGCAGGACCAAAGCAUUCUGUCGCUGCUUGUAUCCUCGAUGGCGGACGAAGUGUUAUAUCUCGCCGUCGGCCGCACCAUGUCGCAGGAGGUCUGGACAUCCAUCACAGCGGCGCUUGGUUCCUCCACACGGGCGAGAUGCCUUAAUCUCUUGGCGCAAUUCCAAUCGCUCAGGCAAGGCGACAGUACACCCGCCGAGUAUCUCGGCCACGCGCAAUUACUGGUGGAAGAUUUAGCGUUGGCCGGCCGUCCGGUCUCGCUUGAUGAACAAAACCUCUGGGCUUUCCGAGGACUCCGCCCCGAAUUCCAGUCGAUGGCUUCCUCCCGCAACUUUCGGACUAUCUCCAGGCCCAAGAAUUCAUCUGGGCAGAUGAAUUCUCCACUGCCGGCGCUUCCUCCGGGCACACUGCGUUGA